CUCUAAGAGCUUCCCACACGUGCGAAAAUCCAAACGCGUUAUAUCGAUUCGUCUUCGAAAAUAGAAAAUAAAAAUUGGUCGGUAAAGUCGAAACAAGACCCGCCAUAAGUCGAACAAAACCCUAGAAGCUGCCUUAAACCCCUAAUCAUAAUAGCCGAUUGAAUUCGCAGAGAUAGAGCAUUUGCUUCUUCUUCGAUACUGUCGGUUUGGGAGUUUAUUUCAGCGCCAAAACAAAAGAGAUGGUGUGGUUUCAGUGCGAGGAUUGCGGUGAUAAUUUGAAGAAGCCGAAGUUGCCCAAUCACUUCAAGAUCUGCUCUGCAACCAAGUUAUCGUGCAUUGAUUGUGGACAGAUAUUUGGGCAGCAAAGCGUUCAAGGACAUAGUCAGUGUAUUACUGAGGCGGAAAAGUAUGGUCCAAAGGGCGAAGGGAAACCUUUGAAUAGUGCGAAUGCCAAGCCCAAAACAGACUCAAAGCAGCAACCUGGUGUUGAUUUAAACGUUGGAUUGUCUGAACGCCCUCCUUGGUUUUGCAGCCUUUGCAAUACCAAGGCCACUAGCAAGCAGACCCUGCUUCUUCAUGCCGAAGGAAAGAAACAUAAGGCCAAGGCCCGAGCUAUCCAUGCUGCACAGCAACAGCCUAAGCAGACGGAAGAAUCUGCUCCAGAUACAAAGCUUCCAUCUGAUAACCCUUUAAAGGGUGAAUUGCUUGACAAUAAAGGUUUGGAGGAACCGAAAUCACAGGAUCCUUCUAAUGUCGAUGCUGGGUGUAAUACAUUUGAAGCAGAGAAUGGAAAUUUGCCAUCAAAGAAAAAGAGAAAAUCUGAUGAGGGUGUUAGUUCGAGGAAAAAGGUCAAGAAUGAUACAUUGGCUGAAUUAGGUAAUGGGGAAGUAAUUCAGACAGAGGCAGAUGAAAUGCCAGAACCUGCCUCUGCUGGUGAGAAAUUUAAAAAGAUCAAGUGGAAGAAGUUAAUUACUUCAGCCUUGAAAUCUAACCCCAAGGGAGUUUUAAAGAUGAAGAAAUUACAAAAAUUAGUCCUCAAGGCUCUUCAGGACUCUGGAAUAACAGGAGAUGAGUGUCAAUUUAGUAGUAUGCUUGAGCAUAAGAUCAAUUCAAGCUCCAGAUUCAAUGUUGAUAAUAAGUAUGUCCGUCUGGUGACCGAAGAUUAAAAAGAGUAUGUGAAACAGUCAUCUAUAGCCUCUUUCAUUGUAGUUUUCCCUUGGCAGCGUGGCCUCCUUUCCUCACUUUAUCAUUGAACCAGUCCUCCUUUUGUGGAAGUCACAUAUCCAGGACUUGGAGCUUCGCUUCUGCUUGAAAGUUUUCAGAGUCAUUCAUGUAAUUCCAAGGAAUAAAAUAUUUGAAUUAUUUAUCUUGGUGUUGGCAAAUCAUUGUUAGCAUAGAGAGACGUUUAAAGGGACAUUGCCUUUCAUAUAGGGACUCAUUACAAGCUCAAUCAAAUGAGAAAUUUUGGAUUUUGCA